AUGCGACUGUUUUUAUGUCUGCUCAUACUCAUCAUUGUAUUUUCAUAUGCAACAAAAUCUGAAUCAUUGGCAAAAUUUAAUAUUACUAUUAAAAUACCAGCAAAUACAACAACUCUUAGACAACUACCAUACAAAUCAGUACAUGUAAAAUAUACUUUACCGAACAGUGAUAUUGAAUGGACUAUUGUUGGUAUCGAACCAUUUUUUGGAACAUCGAAUAGAGCUAUCGAAAAAUUAACUGUUCAUUCUUGUCAAGCAACAACUAAUAGUUAUCAACGAGAUACUGUGGGGUAUGAUGAUCAAUCACAUUGCAAAGGCGAUGAAUCACUGUUAGUUUAUCAAUGGGCAUUAUAUUCAUCGUUAUCACCUUUUCAAAUCAAUGAUGAUGCUGGUUUUCAAUUGGGCCAAUCGAAAGUUAUUGUACUUACUAUUACUUAUUUCGAAGAACAGCAAUCACUUAAUGACCAGUCAGGAGUGAUUCUUUACAUUUCAGCUGUAGCGCCACACUUUUCUAUGGGCUCCAUGGUUGUUGGAAAUAGUCGAGAAGGAAAACGUUUUUCAUGCCGCAUAUCGAAUAAUCCCCGUUUAUUGUAUGGUAUACAACAAUUAUUUCCAAAAACUACGAAUGGAUGGUGGCGUGUUUACUUUUUACGUUAUCGCAUAUUAGGUCGAAACAUAUUGGAAUCUGUUCUUGAUUCAUCAAUCAAUUCAAAUCGAAAUGAAUCUACUGUUGAAAUAGUAUCUUCGUAUACAUUUUUAAAAUCUGGGGAUUAUCUAAUAAUUGAAUGCGAGAAAAAUUAUGUAACAAAUUGUGAAUUUUUAAUCUUUUAUAAAUAUAAAAAGACUCGAUUUCAAUAUUUUAUUGAGACUGAUCACAUUUGCGAAAAUAAUGAUUAUCCAAAAUUAUUCGAGCUACUACCAUUAAGAAAAAUAUCUGAAUUUGAUCAAAUUUCACCAUCGACGACACUCAGUAUAAGUGCAACAACAAUAUUUUUAUGUAUUUUUAUGUUAUUAUUAUUUAUUUGGAUAUCAACAAUCUGUGGUUGUGUUAUUAUGCGUCGUGCUCGUGGAUUAGUUAAUUUACAUAAAGAAUCAGCAUUCUCACUUGUAAGUCGCGGUGUACGAACAACUCAGGCUUCAGGACGUGCUGCCAAAGAUCCAAAUCAAAAAUAUCUAGCUGCAGCUGAUCGUACAGCUCAAUUAGAUAUUGAACAUAUGGGUUUAAUGAGUUCAUAG